AUGUGCAGACAAGGAACCUCCGCUACUAACAACAGCGUGCUGGGUCCGCCAUCAGACGACCUCAAGUACCCGCAUCAACUUCGGUUGGACCCGCCAACCAGCCAUGACAACAUCGUUGUCGGUUCCAGAUCCAAUCGACCUCUCGAUGCCCCUGUCCUACCCUCUCAUUCCCUGUCUCUUGAACACUUCUCCUGCCCUCCCAUCCCGCGUGACCUAAAUCCCGCUGUUCCUGUUGACCACCCACACACGGUGCCACCCCCUGGCUAUGUAGAUUACAUUAUUACAAACGAUUACCCGACCCAGCCUGCUACUCUUUGUCCAUCUCCGCUAUCUGACCUAAAUCCCGCUGUUCCUGUUGAGCUGCCACACACGGUGCCACCCCCUGGCUAUGUAGAUUACAUUAUUACAAACGAUUACCCGACCCAGCCUGCUACUCUUUGUCCAUGGAGCUCCGCUAUCUGCCCUGCCACCCAAUCGCUGCCUCGUUACCCAUCGCGGUACGCCCCAGCAUCUUAUUCUCCAGUAGCUGUACCUGGUUCUAAUUCGCCUGCUAACUCGAAAACCUCCGAUCCCCCUGUCUCUUCUUCAUUCCAUACUGACCUCCCUGGCAACCUUUCUGUGGUUCCAAUCAACACCCGCUCUCUCUUACCUAAAUUGCACUACAUCCAAGCUAUCCCCACUAUAGCUCGUCCAACCUUCAUUUGCAUCCCAGAGACGUGGCUCUCUUCUAGCACAUCUGAUGCUCAGAUCCCCCUUCCAGGAUACACCAUCUUCCGUUCUGAUCGCUCCCACCGCCGUGGAGGUGGCUGCCUCAUAUACGCCAGAACUGAUAUGGAAGUCUCCACCAUUGACGAUCCGCUACUGGCGGACACUCCAGACUCUGUUUGGCUUUCUGCCUGUCGGGCUAAUCCACCGUUCAUCCUCGGGUGUUUGUACAUGCCCCCUCCACACUCCAUUAGCUCGAUUAAUCGUCUCUCUACGCUUCUUUCUCACACUCAAGCUCUACCUCAUCCGAACAAACUAAUUGUUGGGGAUCUCAACCUUCCUGAGAUUGCCUGGUCUCGACAAAACUCCCCUUUGCGCCUUUCGCCCCUGCUUACCCAACUUAAUGUCGAAGGCUGGUCCCAGCUUGUAAGGCAACCAACACGCGGUACCCACACCCUGGACAUUGCCCUCGUCAACGGCUAUCUGUGUCCCACCGCUGCAGUUGGUCCGAAGUUUCCUGACAGCGACCAUUGUAUUGUAACUUGCAGCUGGACAAGUACUCUACCUUCAGCUACUCUUCCUCCCUUAACCUCUUUCAUCCUUUCCCCGGACAUUCUUGAAGCCUUUGCAAUCUCAUUGCGCCAUAGGACCUGGGACGAGUUCUUUCUCUCUGAUGACACGCAAAGCGUGGCUAACAUCUUUUACGGCAACUUACUAUCGUCAUUAUACCUAGUUGCUCCCACACGAGCUUCCCGUGCUUCUGGUCGUCAUCCAGCCACACGGCUACCCGCUACACGCCAUAAACUCAGGAAGUAUCGUAGGCUAUUCCUUGAAUCCCAUGAUCUCUCCCUCCUUAUUGUAAUCAACAAACUUAUGACUGAUAUUACCACGGCCAAACUCGCCCUUGAAAAGCAUGAGGAGUCGACCGCCGUAGCCCAUUUCCUACAGCCUAAGAUGCUGGGGCGCCUCUUCCGCCGGCGUUGCUUCUCAAAUUCAUCUGCAGUUUCAAAUAUUGUGGCAGCUGACGGGAAACCUCUCUCAGACCCUGCUGACAUUGUGGAAUCCCUAAACUCCUACUUCGCUAGCUGCUAUGUUCCCUCCCCAUUGACUCUAUCUACAUAUUGCUCCCCACCUGGCUAUGAAGUGGCCACAUCUGCUAACGAGACAAGCCCCAACCUCUGCACACUCUCCGUUACUUUGUCUGAUGUAACUUCGUCUCUCGCCCGCCUUAGAGACUCCAGUUUCCCAGGCACUGACGGCAUCCCUUCACUUAUCUUAAAAGCUGGUGGCCCGGACGUCCCCACCCUCAUCCUUAAUCUCUUCAAUAUCUCCCUUAUCACUGGCACAGUCCCUAGUCAGUGGAAGCACUCUACGGUUGUCCCACACUAUAAGUCAGGUCCACGAACUGCUCUAGCCAGCUAUCGUGGUAUCCACCAUACCUGCUUACUACUUCGUACCCUAGAGCGCCUCAUCAAAGUUCCUGUCAUGGAAUACCUGCUCGCCACCAAAACCCUUAGCAAUCGGCAGUAUGGGUUUAUGGCACGGCGGUCAGCUAACACAUGCCAGGUUGACUUCUUCAAUCAUAUUUCGUCCGCCUACGAUACCGGACUGUGUAUUAUCCUUAUCUAUCUUGAUAUUCGCAAGGCCUUCGACCAAGUUCCCCACGGUGCACUCCUCAAUAAACUACAAACUGCGGGGAUUGGUGGCCCACUACUGCGAUGGUUCGCUUCUUACCUCACCGGUAGAACCCAGGCCACCAAAAUCGGGGAUCUCUGCUCCUCAGCCCUCCCCAUUACCAGUGGAGUUAUUCAGGGUAGUGUGCUUGGCCCUCUACUGUUCUUACUGUACGUUAAUAACGUCACCGACUCGAUCACCCAUGGAUCCCCCUUUCUGUUUGCUGAUGACAUUAAGAUAGCUUACACGUUUAAGGCCAGUGAUUCUGCUUCUACCCUUCCUAACAUUCAGUCUGACUUAAACUCUUUAUCACUCUGGUCUUCCAACUCCUGUCUUUCUUUCGCUGUUCCAAAAUGCCAAGCCCUGUCAUAUCGAUUCCAAAUUCCUCCUGGGACGCUUACCCUUAACGGUCUCUCCAUUCCUACUCUUCCUGAACUUUAUGCCUCUAAUCUCAGUGGACGUAUGUAUCAGGCUGCAAUUCGGACUGUUUUGUUUUCUGGCUUGGCUCGACACUCUUUGUCUCGGACCAUAGUUGGUGGGGUUGGUGUCUGCAACUCUGUAAUAAAGCAAUUAGAACUCGAGUUUUCGGUUGUGCGACCCGCACUUUUAAUAAAAAAAUGUGUUCAGCAACAGUGGCUGCGUUGGUUAGGACACAUGCAGCGUAUGCCAAGCCGUCGUUUGCCAGAAAGUGUGCUGUUUUUGUGCUCUAUUCGACGUAGCAGAAGCAGAGUGGUGGCCAACCGUCGACCUUGCAAAGGGGUAUGGGUGCUGAAUGAAUGCGUGUGUGCUGCUGUCGAAUGUGAUCCCAGACAGUGCUUGCUACGUUUUUUACGGUGGUGUCCGGGACUCAAUUACAUUGUCCAACUAAAAAUCAACAAAGCCUUGGCAGAUGUCCAUGACUCGAUCCACAAGGACUCAAGGGUGGUGUAUGAAACUUCGCUACCAGCAUAUGGGCUGUCAUCGGACAAGGUGGUACAGAAAUUACGGAGGUACAAGGCCUCAGAGUAUAUUCGGUGGAACGAAGGAUUCGCAUCAGGGAGUGUAUAUCCUAAGGAUUCAUCAUUGGCUGAUCUUUCCUCUAGAGUUUUCAAGGAAUUCAUAUGGGCUAACCCACUCCACCCUGACCUGUUCCCAGACGUACGGAGAAUGGAGGCUGAGGUGGUUCGCAUGUGUCUAUCAAUGUUUCAUGGGGACGGAGAUGCCUGUGGAACGAUGACCUCGGGUGGAACAGAAAGCAUCAUGCUAGCUUGCCUUGCUUACCGGGAACGUGCACGCGCCAAGGGGAUACGCAAUCCAUCGAUGUACGUGAGUUUCUUCCAACUUUUCGCCAUGGCGUUCCUAGUUCUCGCGGAAUCUGCUCAUCCAGCUUUCGAUAAAGCUGCUCAUUAUUUCGACCUCGAUGUUGUUCACGUCCCGGUCGACCCGAUUUCAUACAAGGCUGACGUGGCGGCGAUGCGAAGUGCCAUAACGGGGUCCACUUGCAUGAUUGUAGCAUCAGCUCCCGGAUUCCCUCACGGUAUAAUUGAUCCGGUCCGGGAACUAGCAUCUUUGGGCUUGCGAUAUGGUAUUCCUGUUCAUGUGGACUGCUGCCUUGGCGGAUUCCUGCUUCCGUUCAUGGAGGCAGCAGACUGUGAGUUGGAACCGUUCGACUUCCGGUUACCCGGUGUCACUAGCAUCUCUUGUGAUACACAUAAAUACGGAUUCGCAGCCAAAGGGACUUCUGUGAUCAUGUACCGUAACAAACAUUACCGUUCCAAACAAUUCUUCACUCAACCCAAUUGGCCUGGAGGUGUUUAUGCUUCUGCAACAUUUGCCGGUAGUCGUUCCGGUGCGCUGAUCGCGGUUUGUUGGGCCACCAUGAUGUAUUUCGGACGGCAAGGUUAUACGGAUUCUACGCGCCGAAUUGUGAAGACCACUCAGUUCAUCGCCUCCGAGUUGCGGAAAGUCCCGGGAAUUUUCGUCUACGGUGACCCUCAGGUGUGUGUGGUUGCUUUCGGUUCAGAUCGUUUCGAUAUUUAUCGUUUGGCCCAAGGUCUUUCCGAACUGCCCAAUGGUCGUGGUUGGUGUCUGAACGCGUUACAAUUCCCGCCUGCGCUACACUUGUGUGUGACAGAUUUACACACAAUUGAAGGCCGUGCCGAGGGCUUCAUCCGUGAUGUGAGUACUGUAGCGGCGGAACUGUGCGAUCAUCCCGGAAACUAUUCAAGUGGUGCUGCGGCUCUCUAUGGAGCGUGUGCGACCAUACCGGACCGGUCCAUCAUAUCUGAAGUUGCCGUCGGCUACAUCGAUGCAUGUUACGACACACCCGCACCGAAAACGGAACAAACCAAGUGGAAAGAAUAAUGAAUUCGCCCGAUAUUUACGGCUUCCCACACUUGUUAGUUUUUCGGGGAUAUGACAUCCCUUAUUUAUUCACUUAUACCCCAAAUGCUUUGUUGUGUCUAGUUUCAAUUUUCAAAUACCCGCAUUACCAAAUAAUCCCGACUCAUAUUGUCGAAAUUCAGCCGACUAUUACUCCGUCACAACUGUACUUUGGUUUCUUCUUGUUGUUGUUCCUCCCACUGGUUCGGUGAUUUCACAGUUGUGAGGUUUUGACCUGCUCCACGGGAGUAAAAUUUUUCGACCAAUUGGAGGAGUCUUGUAUCUCAGUCAGGGAGGUCCUUUUUGCAUGCAAACUCCCUUUCACGCCUAGGUUUGUCUGACGCAUCCGCUUCCCAACGACUUU